AUGGAGCAGAGAAAUGCCGCUUUCGCGAUCCACAACAACGCCAAUUGUCAAUUAUGUUUAAAAUCCGGUCAUGAUGCAAAAUCUUGCCGACAGAAUAAUACAACUAAUAACAAUAAAAUCUCGGUAAUUUGUCAAUGGUGCGAAAGAUCCGGCCAUUCUGCAAAUAAUUGCUGGGAGAAACAGAACGAACAACGUUAUGCGGGAAAUAAAACUCGCGUAACUUGUCAAAUUUGCAACAACUUCGGACACAUUGCUAAAGAUUGUCGAUCAAAACUAAACCAGCAAACGGGAUCUAGGAAUUCUUUAUUCUGCCGCUAUUGCAAGGAGCAAGGUCAUCUUCUCGAAAAUUGUCAAUUACGCCAUGCCAGUAAUUUUCGAAAAAAAGAAAAUAAUCAGAAAAACUACAACGGCCCCUCGACCGCGGGUGCACAACAGGGGUCCGAACGAGAGCCGCACCCGUCCAAAACUCAGGUAGCCAAGUAG